UUGUCACUGCGCAGGAAGUUCCUGUUGAGGCUCCGGCUGUAACCUUGUGCGACUUCCCGGCCGCAGCGGAGCGUAGGGAAGGAGAGAGCGUCCCGGAAGCGCCGUGCUCAGCUCCCCGCGAGCACCGCCGUUUCAACCCCGGGAGCAGGCGCGGGCUGCGGCCCAGAAGCGCAGGUAGCAGAGGCGGCGAGGCUAGGCCUACGUGGCCGCACCGUCAACAUGUCCCUGGUGGCCGAAGCCUUAGUGUCCCAGGUCGCAGCUACAGAACCUUGGCCUGAAGAUGCUACACUUUAUCAGCAACUGAAAGGGGAACAAAUUUUGCUUUCUGAUAAUGCUUCUUCUCUCGCUGUUCAGGCCUUUUUGCAAAUGUGCGAGCUCCCCAUCAAAGUGGUUUGUAGAGCAAAUGCUGAAUACAUGUCUCCAUCUGGUAAAGUACCUUUUAUUCAUGUGGGAAAUCAAGUGGUAUCUGAACUUGGUCCAAUAGUCCAGUUCGUAAAAGCCAAGGGCCAUUCUCUUAGUGAUGGGUUGGAUGAAGUCCAAAAAGCAGAAAUGAAAGCCUACAUGGAAUUAGUCAAUAAUAUGCUGUUGACAGCAGAGUUGUAUCUUCAGUGGUGUGAUGAAGCUACAGUAGGGGAGAUCACUCACUCUCGAUAUGGAUUUCCUUAUCCUUGGCCUCUGAACCACAUUUUGGCUUAUCAAAAACAAUGGGAAGUAAAACGUAAGAUGAAAGCCAUUGGAUGGGGCAACAAGACUUUGGAUCAGGUCUUAGAAGAUGUAGACCAGUGCUGUCAGGCUCUUUCUCAAAGACUAGGAACACAACCUUAUUUCUUUAAUAAGCAACCAACUGAACUUGAUGCCUUAGUCUUUGGCCAUCUCUUCACAAUCCUUACCACUCAGUUGACCAAUGAUGAGCUCUCUGACAAGGUGAAAAAUUACAGCAACCUCCUUGCUUUCUGUAGAAGAAUUGAACAGAAUUAUUUUGGAGAAAAUGGGAAAGGACAUAUCCCUCUCAGGUUGGCCUAGAGAGACUUGUUGAAUAAGCUACUUCAAGGAAAAGUGUAACUCUUAAAUUAGGUUCAACUUCAUGAUUGUAAUAGUAUUAGAAUUUUUAAAAUGAACACACUUUUAGAAACCUCCAAUUGUGUAACAGACCCUUUAUGUGUUUUUUUGGUAGCCAAUGUAUAUUAAGUAGUUUUGAAUUAUUCUAUUAUGUUCUGGAUUAUGUAUGUUUGUUUCCUUGAAACAUGUAUGCACGUUAAAAAUAAAGCUUUAACAAUGAUGAUUUUUUUCCCCCAAUUGAUGUCAGUUUUAUGCAUGUGAAUUGAAAAAGUGCUUUAAGUUCUUCCCAGAACAAAGACAAAAGAAAAGAUACCAAAGGUGAUCUUGCUAGUUAGAUGAUAAAAUUGACUAUUGGGAAAAAACUGGUCAUUUUAGGACUGAAUAAAUAUUCAUUAAGAAAAUUUGCCUAUUUACAAGAUGUUUGAAUCAUAUGCUAGUUUAACAUUUUAAAAAGUAAUACUUUUAGAAAGUAGUUAAAGUACAUUGAUAUAAUAAUAGCUUUAUUUUGUGACACAGAUCAGAAGAGCAUAGAUUAGACCUGGAAGGGACCUUAUUUUGCUAAGAAUUUUUCUUAUAAAUUUUUCCCCUUAAACUUAUUAAUCACAAAGGUUGUAAUGUGAUUACAAUUCCAUUAGAUAUAUGCAACCUAGAGAAUAAUUGUGAAAGUGUGAUUGAAAAGUUUUUGUUGGGGAAUGGGGUUUGUGAUUGAAAGUUUUUAUGGGGUUUUUUUAAUAAAUAUUUUUCUGUUUUUUAAGUUUUUGCUUCCCUUCUAAAUAAAUGAAAUACUGGAAUGGAUUAGGUGGGAAUUGUUUUCUCCAAUGGAAAAUGUUAUUCUUAUUGGUGGGAAAUUUUAUCAUAUAAAAAUUUUAACAAAGUUCUAUUUUUACUAUGCAUUCUAGGUAUGUACUGUGGCUUCCUCUUUGGUUUAUUUUUACUUCCACUUCACUUUCCCCAAAAUUAUAUUUUUUGAAAUCUUAAUUUAGUCUCUAAUGCCAUUUUGUUUAGCCUUUUUAAACCAGCUUUAUUUUUUAAAAGUUUCUAAUUCUCAGUUACUUUGGCUUAUGCUGACUGUUGUGUUCUAAUUCUCUUUUUAUAUAAACCUUAUUCUUUAAGGAUUUUAAAAUUUUCACCAUGUUAUUAACUUGAUAAUCUUUAUAUCUUCUGUACAUACUUUUAUACUUUUGAUAUUCUUUCUGAAUCAUUCAGUACAUGAAAUUUAGGGUUUUUUCUUGAUUUUUUUUGUAUGGAAAGGCACCAAUAUUAGCACAAGAUUCAUUUUUAUUGUUAUCAUUGUAAUUUGCUCAUCUUUCUCUUAAGAUAAAGAGCUUUAGGAGACAGUGGCUGUUUAUUCUAAGCUGAGAUUUCUGCUCUUAUUUAAGACUUACUAUCUAUGGAUCACUUUAGGUCUUGUUGCUGUCCUCUGUCAAGGUGAAUCAGCAUCAAGGCAAAAUGCAUUAGAAAAUGGAAACCUUGACAUCCCAUUAUGGUGAUUCAGUUUCCUGCCUUACCUUUUAAAUUGGAGCAUUUAAAGCCAAGUCAUAGUAGCUAAAAAUUAUCACUGAAAAGUCAGCGCUGCUUGUUCCCAUUCUGCUUGCUGACAAAAAAAGCUAGAUGUGUGUUUGGUUAUUUUUUUUCUUCCUGCCAAAUGUUUUGAGGUUAUUUUGAACACUCUAAAAGUAGUAUACUGCCCUAUUUUGUGAAUUUUAAUGUGUAAUUUUACAAAGUGAUUCAUUAGGAUACUGAGUAGAACAAUAAAGAAAAGAAUUAUUGUAGUUGAGAUACUCUACACACAAUAUUAAUGUACUUUGAGUUUCUUAUAUGAAAAAAUGACCUUGGUCAAGAACUUAGUACAUAGUGCCUGGCAUAUAACAGAUGCUUAAAAAUUCCUUUCUUCCUACUCUCUUCCCUUCUCCUUCUCUUCCAACUUUGAAACUAAUAAUUUCUUAACUCUUUAACUUCUUUCUUUCUUAAUUUCAUCCCUUCCUUUCCCAUUUGUCCUAAUGCAAAUUAUUUCUGUGAAGCUUUUUUCUAUUAGAAUUAUAAUUGUUGGGGCAGCUAGUUAGUGAAAUAGGUAAAGCACCAGUCCUGAAGUCGGGAUGACCUGAGUUCAAAUGUGGCAUCAGACUCUUAACACUUCUAGCUGUGUGACCCUGGGCAAGUCACUUAGCCCCAAUUGCCUCAGGGGGAAAAAACAGAAAAGAAAAAAGGAGUAAAAAGAGGGGUGGUUUAAGAAAAAAGUAGUGUGAUCGUUUUAAACCUUUGGAAGAGCAUAUCUUUCUUUUUUUCUUUCUUUAGAUCAUAGCUUUUGAAUUGAAUAGAACCUUAGGAAUCAUCAAUUCAAUCCCUUCAUUUUGCAUAGAAGGAAACCAGGCCCAAUUAAGUGACUUGUCUAAGAUCAUUUAGUAGUAAUAAAGUCAAAUUAUUAGCUUAUAUUUAGAUACCCUAAAUUUUGGGAUAAUAGAUGAGAAUGUUAAGUUAAGUUCAUCUGUAACUUUGUUCCUGAUAAUUGAUUGACUGAUGGUUGAUAGAAUAUUUCUUAGCAUAGUAAGCACCUACUACUUUUUGAAAAAUAGCUAAUAAGUGGCAGGUUAUUGGUACUCUUUAAGUUUAUUCAUUACUAGAAGAAAGCUUAUGAGUGGAAUGUUAACAUUUUUAAAUAUUUGUAGUUAAAAUACAACAAAAAAGUUGUAUUUUAAAAGUAAUAGGUCAGGUGCCUAUUUGGUUUUGCAUUUUGGCUUCUCUGAUUUCAUGUAUGUGUAUGUGUGUGUUUAUAUUAUGACUUAUAAAUUACUAUGAUUCUCAAAUAAAAUAAUAUUUAGAAUUAUAUGAACGAUAUGUCCAUGCUGUUUAAAUUCCUGAGUGUUUGGACCAAUCUUUAUGUAGGCUUUAUGUUAAAUUGAUAUUUGACCCUUUAUAUUCUUAAAUCAUUUGGUCUGGAGCCCUGUUCAUAUAAUAAUACUUUCUUGUCCUACUAAAGAUGGUAACUGGAGCUGUAAUAUAAUUGGAUGAAAAUCUUUGUCUUUUAGUUCUUUUGUGUAAUUUAUCUCAUUUUCCUUCUGAAUGUGCUUUUUGUUGGGUUUUCUUUUUUUUUUUUUAAGUUGUAAUUAAGUUGCUAUAGUGCCAAAUAGAAUCAAAAAGUUUAUUCUAUUAGUGGAUAAUCUGCCAAAAAACUGUGUGACUUGAGUUAAAAUAAUUUGUCUGUACCAAAUGUUUAUAUCUAUGAAUUGUGGAUAAUAUUUGUGACCUAAUUCUUUCCUAAGAAGUUUUUUUGUUUGUUUGAUUUUUGGAAUGACCUUUAGUAAUUGCAUGACUUCCUUGGGGAGGAUUGGUGUCCUUAAAAGUCAUGUUAAUAGGAACAAGAGCAAAAGUGUUUUCUGAGAGCAUAUUUAUAUUCACUUGCCUAGAUCUUUAUCAUACUUACCAAAAAGUAGCAGUGUAUAAAUUUUUAAAAGAAAAAUCUGUAAUAAGCAAAUGAUAGUGCCAAAUUACCUGCUUUUUAUUUGAAUAUUAACUGUUAUUUUUGAGAUAAAAAUAAAUAAUUAAGAAUAAAUAGCCUUUUAAAUG